AUGCUGGGGGGCCCCAGGUCCCAGUGCAGGAGCACAAAGGAGGAUCCUACAUUCAGUAGCGCCUCCCACACACCCUCCCCACCCUGGCUCAAGUCCCCCAUCUCCGGCCUGGACGCUGCCCCAGCCUCAUCGUUGUCUCCCACCCCUGUCACCACCUCCAGGAAGGCCCCCGGAGUCCCGGCCGUGCGCUGGCUCCUCGAGGUCCCGCUCGGUCCCACCUUAGGCCCCGCCCCUUUGGCCCUGUUCGGCGAGGCGGCCCAGCUCGGCCCUGCCUCUGUCCCGCCCCAACUUGUCUUGGCCCCACCCCUGGGGUCCCGCCCCGCCCCCUCUACCCUGGCCCCACCUUCCACCCUGGCCCCGCCCUCGGCCCCCUGCAUUCUGCCCGGCCCCGCCCCUAGGCCCCAACCUUCCGCCCCGGCCCGCCCCGCGCCCGCGCCGCCCGUUUCAGGCCCGUUUCAGGCCUGUUGGCACCGGGAUAACAGCUCCACCACGUCCGUCGCCCUGGACGCCUGCGGACCGCCCCAGGGAGCCCGGACCCCCACCGCCCCGGCCCGCGCAGGUGAGCGGCGGCGCUCCCGCAGCCGUGUGUCCCCGGGCGCCCGCGCACCCUCUCUGGACUCUGCCCGGUCUGAGGGCGGGAGGCCGCAGCCGCGGCGGCGGGGUCGCCCCCUAGAGGUUCGCGUGGGCCAAGGUCCGGACGGGCGCCGGAGCGCCCGGUGUCGUGUGGGCCCGGAUCUCCAGGUGCAUGUCCCAGGGGGCUGGGCGUCGAACCCUGAACCGCUUCGCUGCGGGAAUGCUCAGGGCUUCCCGGGGGGUAGUGGGCGUUCCGAGCUCAUCUCGGCUCUGGCCCCACGGGAUGAGCCUCACCCUGAGCCUCACUUUUCCUCAUCUGGUGAAUGGGCACUGGCCUUGCUCGGGCCCCCGGGAGCAUCAGAGCUGGCCCUGAGCCAGGCCCUCCCCCUGGGGGCGGGCCCCGGGACCAGUGACCCAGACGCCAGUAUUUCUUGCCCUGGGAGGUUCCAAUUUCAGCAGGCAGCCCAGACAGGGGAAGAAGCAGAGGAGAGAGGCCCCACCAGCAUGGGCAGCCUCACGUACCGAGAAGACCUUGAGGAGGAGAGGAACUCAGAGUUCACCUAGGAGGUGCAAGCCAACAACCGGUCCUACAACAACCAGUUCAAGGAGAAGGUCUUCCUGUGCUGGCAGAGGAAGAGGUACAAGAGGAACGUCAUCCACACGGCCAAGUACGUCUUCUCCUUCCUGCCCUUGAACCUGUACGAGCAGUUCCACUGCAUGUCCAACCUCUACUUCCUUCUCAUCAUCAUCCUCCAGGGCAUCCCCGAGAUCUCCAUGCUGCCUUGGCUCACUCUGUUCUCCCCGCUUGUCGGCCUCCUCACCAUCCGGGCCACCCGAGACCUGGUGGAUGACAUUGGGCGACACAGGAGCGACAGGAACAUUAACAACAGGCCAUGCCAGAUCCUGAUGGGGAAGAGCUUCCUGUGGAGAAAGUGGAAGAAUCUGUGUGUAGGAGACAUGGUCUGUCUGCACAAAGACAGCAUCGUCCCGGCCGACUUGGUCUUGCUGGCCAGCACGGAGCCCAGCAGCUUGUGCUACGUGGAGACAGCUGACAUCGACAGGGAGACCAACUUGAAGUUCAGGCAGGCCCCAACGAUCACCCACCACGAGCUGACCAGUAUAAGGAAGAUGGCGUCCUUCCAAGGCAAAGUGGUGUGUGAGGAACCCAACAGCCGGAUGCACCACUUUGUGGGGUGCCUGGAGUGGAAGGGCAAGAAAUAUCCCCUGGAUAGCAGCAACAUCCUGCGCGGCUGCAAGAUCCGGAACAUGGACACCUGCUAUGGACUGGUCAUCUACGCCGAUGCAUGGAUGCAUGGAAACCCUGCAGGUUUUGACACAAAGAUCUUGAAGAAUUGUGGCAAGAUCCAUCUGAAGAGAACCAAGAUAGACCAUCUGAUGAACAGACUGGUGGUCCUGCCUCUGUAUGAAGGCUGGUUCCUGGCGUUCUUCAACCUGCUCUACACCACCCUCCCGGUUCUCUACAUUGGGCUCUUCGAGCAGGACGUGAGCGCUGAGCGGAGCCUGGAGUUGCCCGAGCUGUAUAUGGCGGGCCAGGAGGACAAGCUCUUCAACUACUGGGUCUUUCUCCAAGCCAUCGCCCACGGCACGGCCACAUCCCUGGUCAACUUCUUCAUGACCCUGUGGAUCAGCCGUGACUCAGCUGGGCCUGUCAGCUUCAGUGACUACCAGUCUUUCGUGGUGAUCGUGGCCCUGUCGGGACUGCUGUCCAUCACCAUGGAGAUCAUCCUCAUCACCAAGUACUGGACCAUCCUGUCUGUGCUGGCCAUUUUCUUCAGCCUCUGCUUUUAUGCGGUCAUGACCUGGCUCACCCAGAGCAUCUGGCUCUUCAAGGUCUCCCCCAAGACCUUCCCAUUUCUGUAUGCUGACCUCAGCGUACUGUCCCAGCCCCCCAUCCUGCUGGUGACCCUGCUGAACGUGUCACUGAACACCCUGCCCGUGCUGGCCUUCCACAUCAUUUACCAAGCCCUCCAGAAGCCACGGCCCAAGGAGGAGGAGGAGAAGACCACAAGUGAGGAGAUCAUCACCGUGGAGCCCAUACCCCAUGUCCUCCGGGAGGCACGGACCCGGCGCUCCAGCUGUGCCUUCUCCCACUGGGAGGGCUACGCGGGCCUCAUCACGCAGGGCACAAUUCUGCAGAGGUCACCAGGGGUCAACAGCGACAUGCUGGUUGAUCACACGAGGCCACCUGAUGAACUGCCCUCGAGCAUGGAGGAGUCCUCCUGGUACCCCAGGAAGAUGUCGUUCCUGGGGAGGAACAGGCGCCAGAACCAGGGGAAGGUGUCCUCCGAGGAUGUUCAGCCUGCCUCUGAGGAGAAGUUGCCGAAGAGGCAGGAGAGGUCACUGUCAUAUGAGCCGUGGCCAUAUACUCCCGAGAGUCUGCCACCAACCAAGGAGACACCACUAUCAGCGGAGGAGAGCCAGAUGCUUCCUUCAAGCCAGCUGUCUUUGAAGAGCCAGUCAGCACACUUGCAGGAGAAGACAUCCCUCUGAAAGAUCCAGAAACUGUCCUGGAAGAACUGGCCGUACACCUGGCAAAAGGAGCCCGGGCCCCCCAAGGAGGGGAUGGUGCCAGUUUCCACCUCGAAUCUCACUGCUCUGAUGGAAACUCCACCACCAACUGUGAGAGGAUCAUCCACCAGCGAGCAGCCAAUGGAGGUGGAGCCCUCACCUGUGGAGAAGCAGCCGUCGCCCAUGGAGUGGCUGCCAGGGCCCAGCGAGGGUCAAACUCCACCUGAUCUGGCAGGGCUGCCGCCCUCGCCUGAGGAACAGCAGUGA